UCAGUCAGACCGAGUCUUCAGUCCAGCUGAAAGUUCUGGAGACGAACGGGGGCCAGAGGAGACCAGAGUCCGAAGGGUGAGACUGGAUUUGAAACCAAAGAAAACAAGACACGGAGACUAUUUUGAUUUGAACUCACAGACAGACAAAAGGACCUGAGGACUCGGUUUGAUUCGGCUUUGUUCGCCUCAACUCCGGAUAUAAAGAAGAAGAAGAAAAGGAAAAAAGUUUCCUUUUUAUUAUUUUUUUAUCAAAAGUUUUUCGGUUUGGUUUUAUGCCAGUCUUCAGUCAGUGUGUUUUAAUUCAGUCUAAAGAAGAAGCUCAACAACUAACAGCUGACUGACUGACGACAGGUUGCGCAAUCGAGACAAUAAUAAAACGAAGACAAAGACGUCAUCGCCGACCAGUAAAGCCCCAGUCCUCCCAGUAUCAGAGCUGCCAGUUUAGUUUACUUUAAAUACAGGAAACCUUUAGUUUGUGUGUCUUCAGCAACUUCAGCUCCAAACACACAGACAGAAAGAGACCACCAGGACCACGAGGGCUCUACUGCUUAUCUACUGGAUCUACUGGUUUCUUGUAGACCUACCAUCUGGACCAGUCUGUUUGAAGAACACAAGAUGAGCAUUGGCGUGGCCACAGCCAGGUCUCAGCUCUGUCUGAAGAGGCUGCUGGAUGAGCCCCAGGAUAAACUACUGGAGUGUAAACGAGCCCGUCUAGCUCCGCCACCUCCAACGCCCGGACUGUCACCCUGCCUCAGGCCCAGAAGCCCCACCCCCAAGUCAAGCCAAAGCCAAUCGCCAUCCAGAGUUGGACCGUACAUCCUGUUUGAACGCUGUGAGGGAGAGGAGACAUACAGGGCUGUCCACGCACACACACAACAGCAGUACACCUGCCAGGUGCUCCCUCUGCGUGGCUACCAGGAGCACUUGGCUGCCUAUGCCCGGAUUGGUCACCACGACAACAUCUGUGGCCUGCAGGACGUGGUGAUUGGCCAGGACAGUGUGUAUGUCUUCCUGCCCAAUCACCAUGGCGACAUGCACGCAUACGUGCGCAACAGGAAGCGUUUGGGUGAGGAGGAGGCGGGGCUUCUGUUCACUCAGAUGCUGAAUGCUGUGAUGCACUGCCAUUGCCAUGGAGUCGUCCUGAGAGAUCUGAAGCUCCGCAGGUUCGUCUUCACUGACAGAUACAGGACUCACCUCGCUCUGCUCGGCCUUGACGACUGUGUCCUCCUGCAUGGUGACCACAGCGACGACUCCCUCACAGACAGACAUGGCUGCCCUGCAUAUGUUGGUCCCGAGCUGCUGACCAAUGGGGGCGGGUCUUACUCGGGCCGCGCCGCAGACAUCUGGAGCUUGGGCGUGUCUCUGUACACCAUGCUGAUUGGACGAUACCCGUUUCAGGACACGCAGCCUGCCGCGCUGUUCGCCAAGAUCCGCCGGGGGACCUUCAGCCUGCCCGACUGGCUGUCGCCGCGGGCCAAGUGUCUGAUUGGCUGUAUGCUGAGGAAGUCACCUGCUGAGAGACUGGAGGCGUCUGAGCUGCUGAUGCACCCGUGGCUGACCAAUCCCUGCGCGCCUCAUCACAGUGUGCACAAGACGCAUCACAGCUCACAUGCACCACCACAGAAUAAACAAGAGGAUGAUGAUGACCAAGUCGUGCCAACAUGGACUAAAAAACACUAACACACACUUAUUCACACAUUUGUACUUCUAUACUUGUGAGGACCCUCACUGAGUGCAUCCCCAAGUCCCAAACACUAACUUUAACUAUUACAACCAAAUAACCCCAGUCUGCAUACUAAACAUGAUUCUAACUUUAACCCUGAUGCCGCCUUCACUCCCAA